UUAGAACAGACACACUGUCGGUCGGUUCUAGUCGUCGUCGCGUCGUUGUUAAUCCCAUCGCCGUUGCGUACAGAGUUUGAGGUACGAGAGCUGAGUUGCAUUUAGUAAAAAAACGGAGUUAAAACCGUCGGAGCAGAGAGGAGUAGAACCGGAAGUAGAGCAUGAUCGAUUUAACGAACAUGUGAGAAAUGCUAAAAUUGCUCGCACUAUAUGGGCGUAUGUUCGCGAAAAUAGAUCCACGCGUUUGCGUCCGGGAGACGAGAGAAUCGGAUGUUUGCGAAAAUCACGUUACGCGAGCGAUAUUCCUCUCAGUUGAACGAUCGAUAGAAAGGAAGAGACAGAGAGAACGACGAGAGGAAGGAACAUAACGAACUCGUGGAAAACGAGAGUACGUUGGCGUAUCGAGAGUUGGAAGGGUCUAAAAUAUUAUGUACUAAUCCCCUAAUCUCUCCCUAUAUUUUAUAUUCGCUUGAAUGCUGAAGCUUGUAUUGGGGCUGACAGCCCGCAAUAGCGUGUCCGUGUGUUCAGGAAGGGACUCUUAACCAUUUGUACUGUUGUGAGAGUGAGACAGACAAGCGCUCUCGGCGCCAGAAAGAAGCACGGGCAAGGCGUUUUCCCCCGUUGUGCUUUCGUGUCCCACUCGAUAUUAUCCGGAUCUUGUGAAUUAGAUAGAAAAUUAUUAAUUACAGAAAGAUCGUGAAUGCAAAAAUCAUUAUUCUAGUCUAGUGUUUCGAGUAAACGUGGUGCUAGUUUCAGUGAAUAUAAAAUCAUCGGAGCUCGAACGGAGACUCGAUUUUUCAUCAGUGUAAAUGACCGCCGUGUCUUCAGCGAAAGUAACGCCAGAGCUACAGUCACUGUAUCUAUAUAUGUAUACGAUAUGUAUAUAUAUUUAUGAGUACAGUAAAUUAUAAUGGAGAUCAAGAGAAUUUUUGUAUGAUAAGGAAUGCUGACAAGUGCUCUUGUCCACUUUUUUUUCCAAUAACUUGUUUUUUUUUUAUCUGGUGAGAAUUGCAUGAAUCUUUCUGAAACGAGUUGGAUAAGUGCGAGAAUAACUAUAGAAAAUGGAGCGAACAGAAAAAUCGAGAGCGUCGCGACUGCAAGCAUCUUCGAGCGUGUCGAUUAAUAAAAGCAGCAUUAUUGCUCAGGGCAGUACUUUAGCGCCUAUUAUAGUUUGUAACCUAGUGCUCCGUGGUAUCGAGUUUGAAGAAAAUAGUAAUGUUCUCGAAGUUUGAUUAUGAAGAACAAAUGAUAGUGCAUCGAAUCACCGGACGAAAGAAAGUGCAAUAAUCACGUGAGUGGACUGAAACUACACGGGGAAUAAGAAAACGUGACGCUCCGUCGAGCAUGGCAGAAGGAAAAAAUGUUUAUACGGUGUCCAUGAAACAAUAACACAGUUUCAUCAAAGUUCCCCAGAAAUUCAAUUAUCUAUUUUUUAUUCAGAAUUUGGGUGAAAAACUAUAACAUCGAAAAUGGACGAGUGCAUGCUCAACGAUUUACUGGAAUGUUCAGUUUGCUUGGAGAGACUAGACACAUCCAGCAAAGUUCUGCCAUGUCAGCACACUUUUUGCAAAAAAUGCCUCGAAGAAAUCGUCAGCACUCAUAGAGAACUGCGUUGCCCUGAAUGCCGUGUACUUGUUGAAGCUAGAGUUGAUGAUUUACCGCCCAAUGUUCUCUUGAUGAGGAUAUUGGAGGGCAUGCGAAACGCCACUCCCAAAGGUGCCAAGACUCCAGUUCGAUCCAAUCCUGGACCUCAAAGACUCUUCGGCGGUCAUCAGGUCGCUCCGGCUCCUGCUGUCACCACAAAUCUUGUUCCCGUUGUUCUUGCUACUGAUCCAGCAAGGCAUGCUAAUGCCUCUGCCAAACAAGUUCUUCUUCACAAUCAACCUUAUGGUCGUGCCAUCUAUGAUUACAUCUCAAAGGUCCCUGGAGACUUGAGCUUCAAAAAAGGAGACAUAGUUGUACUGCGCAAGAAGAUAGACAACAAUUGGUAUUUCGGUGAUUGCGGUACGAAUCACGGGGUGUUCCCGUUGUCCUAUGUUCAGGUCAUCACUCCUCUUCCUCCUCAUGUUCCCCAAUGUAAGGCGCUUUACGACUUCAGAAUGACAAACGACGAGGAAGACGGAUGUCUCACGUUUAAUAAGGGUGAAGUUAUCAGCGUUAUCAGAAGAGUCGACGAGAAUUGGGCAGAGGGUAAAUUACUCGACAGAAUUGGAAUAUUUCCUCUGGCUUUUGUUGAGCUCAAUAGCGUCGCGAGAGCGCUCAUGAAACUCUCAACGAAUGUACAGCCUGGUCCGUCGCGGGUAGCACCUCCAACACCAACCAACGAAGAAACGACUCCUUUGAUACCUACCGAUCAUUCACACAAUGUUCAAACAACCAGCCAACCACGACCACAAAUGCCACCGGCGACUGCUCUGCCAGUCUCGGACACAGGAUCGACCGUUUCGUCAGGUGGUAGUUCAACGACUACAACACCUAACACGCCCAAUAGUUCGAGUACUUCGAGCAGUUCGAGUACAGCGCCGAGUAGCCCGAGCAGUCCAGCAACUUCACCGCCUGCUGUAGGCAGCAGACAUAGCGUGAAGAGACACAGUUUUACUGCAAUAAAUACUGGACACCAGCCUCAUCCUCACCACAGACACAGCGCUGAAAUCCUUAGUCCUGCUGUUGAUCAAGCCAUGAACAGCAACUUAAUCAACAACGCUGGGACGGGCGAGGCUUUUUCUCAGUCACAGACAACUGGAAGCGCCGACCACGGGCUUCGUCACAGGCGUAGUGGAAGCAGCGACAUGGUAUUGGCACAACCGUCGUCCAGUGUAUCGUCCAAUUCGAAUGGAAACAGCCAUUUGCCAGCCGCGUAUAUAGCUCUAUAUCCAUAUAAACCCCAAAAAACCGAUGAAUUAGAGUUACGAAAAGGUGGUAUUUAUAUGGUUACGGAACGUUGUCAGGACGGUUGGUUUAAGGGCACGUCAAACAGGACCCAAAAGUGCGGUGUUUUUCCGGGCAACUAUGUCGCCCCAGCGAAAUGUCAGCGUGGUAUUUGUCGUGUUACGACAAGCACAACCUCUCAUCAAACAACACCUCUAUCAACAGCUCAAGCAGCUACCGAACCGAGACUCACCGUUACAUACACCAAAAGCAAGGGUUCUGCACCACAACCUUACAACAUGAGAUCAUUACCGCCCCCUGAACUUCCGCCACGAGCCAUAAGUCCUUCCCCUGCCGUAUCCUCGUCGUGGCAUGGCCAGGCGCAGGGCCAAAGUCCCCCACGUCUCGGGGAACACGUUGCCAAUCCAUUGGGACGCAGUCACAGCGCAGUUAUGUCUAGCGCUACCAUUGCUUCGCCUGGCAAAACGAUGCUUCCACCGCCGUCUACACCUGCAUCUCCGGCCGCAAUAGCGGCUUCUUCCGAUAUGAACAGAAGUCCAAACAACACUCUAAGAAUCGCGAGUGCAACGCCACCAGCCACGACUACAACGAAUUCUGCAAGCGCCAAAAGUUCUGAAAAACCUAAAGAAAAAAAGGAAAAAGGAGUAUCGCUGAUGCGACGAUUGACAAACAUAAACAAAAAGUCGAAAUCUCCUCCACCAACCCCAUAUUCAAUGGACAAUCCAGUGUUCGAUGAUGGUAACUUCGUAGCUUCUCUGGACGCUGUUCACGUUCGAUCGGGAUCUUGCCCGAGUCAAUUGCUACAGGUUGGACCGAGCCAGGAUUUAAAUACCUUGACGAACCAUCCACGUUUGUAUCCAGGCACGGUUCAAGGUCACGUUACAACGUCACAGAGAAUAAAGCACAAGGAACGACCAUCGUUGCCGGUAUCAUUUCUCCAGAGCUCGCAAUAUCGACCAAACUUGAGACUCCAUUUUACUGGACGGUUUCAAUCCAGCGAAGCGGGUGGAGUUGUCGGAGCGACGGUCGGUAGUCAUCAUCGCAAGAGCAAUUCUCUGGAUGCUGGGAUGGGUAAAGAGAGCAAGCAACAACUCACCUCGCGAGAACGCGAACGCGUUUACAGAUUCCGUUGCAUCGUGCCGUAUCCACCAAACAGUGAAUUCGAACUUGAACUCCGAGUCGGGGACAUAAUAUAUGUUCAUAAAAAACGAGACGAUGGCUGGUACAAAGGGACUCAGCAAAGAACCGGACGGACCGGACUCUUCCCGGCGAGUUUCGUCGAGGCUUUCUGAGACACGACAUACGGUCGUCUCGUUCUUGAGACUUGUAUCUGAAUCGCGUAGUGUCUGAUGUUUAGUGGACGUUGCUUCGAGCACUCAUCGAGAGACGCGGUAGCGGCUCGACGCCAAGUAUUGAAAGAAAAAGCAGCGCGUAAAGGGAGAGCCAGCGCGAGUUCUGCCGCACUCUUAUAUUCGCGAAUAUUCACUUUACGGAGACUCAGAAAAAUCAUUCAAGUUUCGAGAUGCGAAAGGAGACAACCGGCCGAUAUGCAGAUGAUAUUGAAUUCCCUUCAACCAGCGCCAUAUUACGUAAAACGUAUUUUAUUAAUUGUCGUUUCAUUCUUUUUCGUUUUUGCGCAGUGAAACGAUUUUAGCGUUUUUGUAAUUCAUUGGAACUCGCAAAAUUUCGUAUCGGUGAAACGAAUACUGCCAUGCACCCUAGAAAAAACCUCGCUAUAGCGCUUCUGCAACGGUUUGCAGAAAAAGUGUUGCGAGCAGGUCGUAACGUAACGCACGAGAAAUCGAAAGCGCUGUAUCGCAGUUUCACAUGUGCUAGAACGAGAUUAAACGGUUUUUGCGAGAUGAAAAUUGCGCGUGGCGAAAGAUUAACGUGCAGUGUUGAUAUCACCGUUCAUUGCGUAUUGAUAGUUGCGAGCUUUCCGAAUAAACUUGUUUUCAUCGAUAAUUAAAAGAUCGAAGAAACUUUAUGAGAGAAAUAGAUUCGAAUGGGGAACAAUGAGUAAAAAAAUUAUCGUUGUUGCGAGGUUAAUGGGGGAAAUAAACGAGAACCUCGUCAACCGGGUUGAACGGUUCACACUUGAAAGAAAACUGUACGAAAUACCGAUAAGACUCGCAUGGUCGAAACUUACAAAUGCCAUUUAUAGUUAUAGCUAGGUGGACACGGGUCCUGGGAAUAUAUGAAAUAAAAAACGCUCAGGAAGAGCUAACUUAUUAUUCGCAUCUCACUUCUUCACGCUUUUAUGCAGAUAUGUUGAAAACAGACAUACACACUUUUAUAUGAUCAAUUCAUUAUAAAUGUAGAAGAAUAUCACGUGCAUGCAUGAUGCAAAAACUCUUGGAGUUCUUCAUCGUUUGCUCGUAUAUUAUAUGAUUUUAACAUUUACAUUAUAGUGAAUGUCGUACGAGAUUAUGAGAUUAUUUUAGCACGUAAACCAAAACAUAAAAAUUCAUUUGUGUAUCGUCGUAUUAAUUUUUCAGUCGUAUUAAUUUAAUCAGGGGGAUUGUUCAAAAGUAUUUUAACGUCCAUGGCUCAACUGUAAUCGCCUCGGAUCCAGAAGACUUAUAUUACGUGUACAAAUGUUCAUCGUAUGCUUGACUCGUACAUUUUUGUUUUACUCUUUCAAAACUAUUUAUUCAUUAUAUAACGAAUUGCAUAAAUUGACAAAUCUUUUUUAAUGUAACAAGCAAGAAAUGUUAUUAGAUAGUCAAACAAAUUAUAUUAUUAUCUUAUUUGACUGACGAUUGUCGUUUGUCUGAUAAAGUCCAUUAUGAGCCUCGGAGUGCCACGUUUUAAAGAAGUGAUUAGAAAACUGACAUUGUUCUUUCGUUCUUCCAUUCAAAACUUUCUUUGCCAUACUUUUAUGCAAGUCGAAAGAAAAUACUCUUUCAAUUUUCAAAACAACCAUUAAGUUAAUUAGUGCAAUUAUACUGAAACGCACACAAAAUUGUGAAAAACGUUUUUUACAUUUCUUUUAACAUAAUUGAAGAUAGAUUACGACAAUCGUCGAGGGUUGCCUUUUUGAGAUUCUUUUUCCUUUUAUAUAAAUUUUACUUUCUUUUAAGUGGAAACAUAUUUAUCGUAUUAAUUCAUAAAAAAAUAUUAUGGGAAUAUCAGUGCAUGAAAACGGUUUAUUCUUUGUACAAUGAAAAAAAAAAAAAUAAUCGUUUUACACGAUAAGUCAAGAACCAGGAAGCUUAGCUCCGGUUCUCCAUGAAAAGGGUGUUCAAUAAUUUAUCCACGGAGUUUGACGCUCUUGGAUCUUUGACUAAUCUUCGUUUAGAUAGGAAUCUUAUAGGAGGAAGAAGGAAAGUUGUUCUGAAUAAGUGUAUCGAAUCUUUUAUAGAAUGCGACCAACGCGCUCGUUGAAAGCCAACAACAGCAAAAAGUAUUUUUUUGUGUUCCAAAAAACGAUGUCUCGUGACCCUUGGACUUGAAAACUAUACAUACAUUUACAUACUCGCACAAACUCCAAAUCUUUAAAUGUUUAUUUGGAACAUUUUUCCUGGAAAAAUGUUAACGUUUCGUUUCUAUCAUGUGUUUCCAGUCAAAAGUUUCGUGCGUGUAAGAAAUUUUAUUUAGAAAAUCUUUCCCUUUCCGACAACAACGAGAUUACGAGAAAGGUUUAUAGCCGGGUGAAUUUCCUCACGGAAUUAUGUAGCCGAAAAAUAUUUAUACUAAAAACGCGUUUUUUCUAUGACCGUAGUUUCUUAAAUCACGUAUUACUAUAAACAUAAGAAAUUAUACAUUAAAACAGAUGCAAAGAGAGUCAGGAGAGAAAUAAUCGACGUCAAAUCAUCUCGUAAAUAGCGUGAUGUAUCUAUUUGAAAAAGAGAAAUAAUUCUCCGUGUAUCUGUAAAGUCCAAAACCAAGCUAUGACAUUUUUACGCACUACGAAGAAAAAAAAACGUCGAAUUUUUUUCGUGCGAAGUAACAGUAUUAGGUUGUACGUCUUAUCCGUUUUGUUUUUCUCAAUUUCAACAAGACCCGAGAUCUUUAUUAACGGUUUGCUUCUUAUUUAACUCUGAGGGAGAAAAAAAAUAGUCCAAAGUUCUCGAAUUUUUUUUAGACUCUGCUCGUUCACUGUCCGCGAUGAUACUCCAUUUUUCAUUUUCAAUACAUGAUCGAGAAUUAUUAUUAUUAUUAUUAUUAUUACAUAGGCACAAACAACCUAAAACGGGAACGUUUUGACCCGCAUGACGAAAUGCGUGGUAUACGAUUGAAUGGAAACAUCUUUUGAAAGUGCUCACACUCUAAAACCUGUAAAAAAAAAUUAACAAGACUAUGAACUCGAGCAGAUAAAUACCCGUUGAAGGAGUAAACAGAAAUCAUGUUGUAUAAUCGGCGAAAAAUAGGCAUGAAUAUACAUAUAUAUUAUUCCGGAAAUUUCCGGUGCACAAAAACAAAACACUUAUCUAACCUGCCCUAAACUGUAAAAGCUAGAAUUGUUCAUUACCGGUGUGUUGUAUCGUGCGUUAUAAAGCAAAAAUGCGUACCGUCAAAAAAAAAACGAAAAUCGAUAGUGUAAUAUCGAUUUUGUUUGAAUAAUGGAUGGAGUUGAAAAAAAACAAGCAAAAAUAUUCCUAUCAGAUUUUCUCGAUGUUGUGAGCAGCGUAAUUUACACACGUAGUAUUGUCUACAUUUAAUUAAUCUGAAUAACGGAUGUAAUAAAGAAAAAAUGAAUACGUAUAAAAGA